ACCGCGCAAAUUUAUGCGAAAAAUAUCGAGCAUGUGUGAAAUCAACUUUCGCAUUAUUAUAAACAAAUUAAAGUGUAUCAGUAUUUAAUUAUUUGUGUAGACAAUGAGAAAUGUUUGUUGUUGCAGAAGUGUCUAUGAUGAUAUGGAGGUAAAGACGUCCUCUUGCCUAGAAUGAGCCCGACGAAGACAGAAAGCAAAAGGGGAUGCGUCCGACCGCCUCAUUUCGAUAUACUAUGGCUCCCGAAGGCGGCGAUCAAGUCGAUGGAGGGCGACUCGUCGGACUGCGUCCUGGUGGUCGGCGUGUCGAGGCCCAAAAUGGCGCUCGCCAUCCUCACCAUAAUGCUCGUCUCGCUCUUCUUCACCUUCCAUCUGAUCUACGACAGCGCCCUUAACAGCCUCCAGACGAAGAACGUGGAGCGCCAGCGGCCGCCCGUCCUGCUGCUGUCCCGACGCUACUAUCCGGCGGCGGCCAGGCGGCUGCCGCAGGCCAUCAUCAUGGGCGUGAGGAAAUGCGGCACCAGAGCGCUGCUGGAGAUGCUCUACUUGCACCCGAUGAUCCAAAAGGCCGCCGGCGAGAUACACUUCUUCGAUAGAGACGACAACUACUUCAAGGGUUUGGAAUGGUACCGCAUGCAGAUGCCGCACUCGUACCCCGGACAGAUCACCAUCGAGAAGAGCCCCAGCUACUUCGUUACGCCAGAAGUCCCCGAACGCAUCCGAGCCAUGAACGCCAGCAUCAAGCUCCUGCUGAUCGUCCGCGAGCCCGUCACCAGGGCGAUCUCGGACUACACGCAAUUGAGAGCGAACGCGGCCACCGCCUCACCGGCCCUUCCGACGCCGCCGCCCAAGUCCUUCGAGCAGCUGGCGCUCUUCUCCAACGGGUCCAUCAACGAGGCCUACCGACCGCUUUCGAUAUCGCUCUACCACAACUACAUGCACAGGUGGUUGGAGGUGUUUUCGAGAGACCAGCUGCUGAUCGUGAACGGGGAUCUGCUGAUAGAGGACCCGGUGAGCCAGAUACAGAAGAUCGAGAGGUUCUUGGGGCUGGAGCCGAGGAUCGGGACGCAUAAUUUUUACUUCAACGAAACCAAGGGGUUCUACUGUUUGCGUAACGAGACUUCUGAUAGGUGUUUGAAGGAGACCAAGGGCAGGAAGCAUCCCAGGGUGGAUCCGGAGGUAAUAUCGAAACUUAGAAAAUAUUUCGGGGAACAUAACCAGAAGUUCUACGAAUUGGUCGGCGAGGAUCUCGGCUGGCCUGAGGAAUAAUGUUGAUUUAUUUGCUAGGUUAGUCGAAUUGUUAUUUGCGAUAUAAUCCGCCGGUUGUUGAUCAAAAAUUGUGAUCUUAAAUUCGAAACCAUUCUACCUAUUGCCAAUAGAAUAGAACGAAUUUCUAAUCAACAACUGAGAGGGAAUAUUUUUUGUCGUAGAGAGCCGGGGUCUUGGUUCAAUGAAUAUUUAAACAAACAGCACGAAUUUAAAAUUAUUAAAAAUUUAUAGAUGACAACACCACAUUUCUGUUAAUGUGCCAAUAAAUAAUCCGCUUUAAUCCUCCAGUGAAUGAAACAACCAAAAUAAUCUCAUAUUAAUGCAUACAAUUCUAUAUUUUUUGUACAUCAAAUAGUUGCAGUAUCGAUUCAUUCGCUCAAAAUGUUUGUAUCAAAAAGAAAGGAUGCGCUUUUUAAAAAUCCAUGUUAUCUUCCGGAUGGAAAAAUUCCUCCGAAACGAAUGGAAUCCUUAUCGAAUUAUGCCGCAAAAACCGGGCGUCUCGUGUCCGCCGCGACGCUACGUUCGGUGAUUUAUUAACUUUGUCAUAUAGUAGGAACUUCGUAAUAGAUUUAACCUCUUUUGUAACUGCAAUUUCUCGAAAGUUUCCCGGCAAACUUCCUUAUUACGGCCGGGAGCCAAAACGCAUCCUGUUCGGCUAUCCUCCGGGAGCGUCCCGGAGUGAUAUCCCGAGAAAUUAAUUUCCAGUUUAAUUGUUUCGUCACCGUCGUGAAUACGGAUUAAUUUUCCAUAUAAUUCAUUGAUGAAAAUUGAUUUGGGAUUCUGGUAUUUAUUGGCACAUUUUUUGUAUGAGUUGUUUAGAUAUUAUUUUAACAGUAUUGCUCAAGUGAAAAUUAAUCGUUGUGCUUGUAUUUAAGUGCUUGCUAGGAGUUAUUAACGCCUAAAAGUUCAAUUAAAACUGUUAUUAUAUUGAGAAGAAAUAUUUCAGAUUGUGACGCCGUCACAGAAUUAAAAUGAACGCACUAUAUCCAUUAAAAUUUUUGGAAUUUUUGGCGUUAAAAUAUCUCUUAGUACAGUGCUAGUUUUUUAACUACAAAACAUACACCUAGGUUACGAAUCGGCACAAAUUAGAGUAAAACAACCUUUGCUGUGAUAACAUUCACGCAUUCAAAAAUUCGGGAAAUGUGAAACAUAUCAUGAGGCAUAUCAUUAUACGAAUUAUACGCGUUAUUAAGGUUAGUUAUUUUUCGAGGCGAUAACGUUCGUGGGCCCGGUUUUUUAGUUCGAUCAUAUUGAUCAGUGCCUUAUUUGAUUAGUUUACUGGCGUAGUCCACAUUGGAGGUAACGAUGUGAUGGUUUUUCAUUCUUCGAGCGAGCAUUUUCUUCAAAGAUCAUGGAGUUUCUUCCGCUAUAAGAGAAGCUCGACGAAUGAAAAACCAAACAAAACGCUUUAUAACGUUUUCGUUAGAUUAGUUUAGUUGAUUUUAAGGAAAAUCGAGCGAGCAAUAGUUUAUUAGAACACGUGCUGAUAAAUGAAAUUUAUUUAAAGAUAAAUCAAAUAUCCAAUGAAACUAGAACAUAUCAAGCUGAUGCCAUAUAUUGUUAAUUUUAGGAUAAAAUAGGCCAUUGUAAGGGUAACUUAAUUUAUUAAUAUAGGCAAAAGAUUUUUAAAACAUAAAUGUUGAAGAAUAGAAAUCAGUCGAAACAUGCACUAAAACCGAUGAUAGUUUAAUUCCCUAUUAUAUUUAAGAAUUUAUGUAUACAUAUCUCAAAAAAUCAUUGCGUUACAAAACGUGCACUAAUGAAAUACAUAUCAAAUGAUUUGACACAUAUCAAAAUGUGAUGAAUAUAUAUAUUUUUUGUAAAUAAACAUGUAUUUACUCGUGUGAAUGGUUAGGCUAAUAUUUGCUUUCAUAUUUCAUACAUUUCUUCCAAUUAGUCAAAAUAUAUUAAUUACGAAUUAAAUACUGUUUGUUCGACAAUUUGCGAUCCGGAAGCCGUAAUGGUGACAAUACCUAUCAAUAUCCACAACGAAUUUGCACGUUAAUUAAUCGUGCAUUAUUAAUUACCCAUUCUGAAUAGGUAUACAUCAUUAAAAGGGUUAAUAGGGGUUAAUAGGGGUACUGGAAGGAGUUGGUAUGAGGGAAUAUCUGGGGAAGUUUUACAAAUUUUACACAUAAACAUGUUAUAAAAGAAGUAUCGAAAGACUGAAGAAUCAUAUACAUAUCAAACAAAAGUGCAGGGCAACUUGCAAAUUGUUAAUUAAUUAAAUUGACGUAUAUCAAUUUGUCAAUUCUAAUUUCAGAACAGUUAUUUCGUGGUUUUGGAAGUUAAUUUGUUGUGAAAGCUCGCGAAUUUUCGAACGAAAGUGAUAUUUUUUUACUUCUACAUCCUUGAACUUUCGUCUAAAGUCGAAUAUAUUUUCUAUUCUAUUAGAAUAACCUACUGUACGGAUUAAACGGGAAGAGUUUUAGGGAUUAAAAAUUUCUCAUAUUGUAUAAUAUCUUCGUCAAUUCUGCUGUAUUUCCUAAAAAAACAUAUCCUAUAAACUAUAAUUCUAGUCUAUCACGUUUAAAUGUUGUAGAAUGUGUAGUUAUAUACCGAUUGUUGAUUUAAAGUGUUUCUCUAAUGAGCUAGGGAAUUUGUCUUUUUCGUUGUUGUGACAGUUAUACGGUUUUAUAGUAUCGUUUUCGAUGUGGCGAAGUUUUAGAUAUUUAUAUUAACAAAGUUUAUAGAUUACAAGCGACUUCGACAAAUGCAAUUUAUUGUAAAAGAAAAACGGCAAAAAAUAUUAUUAUUGUACAGAAGAAACGGUAGAUUUAAUUCAUUCAACCUAAUCUUUUCGAAAUAAUCAAAAUUUGCUAAACACUCUGUAUAGUAUUAAGUCACACUCGAAUCUUGUAUUAGCGAUUAUUAAUCACUGGAUUAUAAAAGGCACAUUUUUUUUAAUUGAGUAGUGCAUGUUUAUGGUUUUCAAAAAUAGAUUUUGGGACAAUCUGUAUUGUACGAAUUUGCAUUAUACAGUAUGUCUCAUGUAUUAGAGGAAUGUAAUAUAACCCCAAGAAAGACUGCGUUAUUUUGAAAAAGAGUAUUUUUCUAUUCGAAUUAAAUUGCAUUUGGAGAGCGAGUUAUUACGUUAUUUUCAAUAAGAAUUUUGAAUGUCUUAGAAAUAACACUGUUAAAUAAAAGCACUAAAAAUGGGUAUAUUUAAAACUUUGUUUUUUAUACAAAUUUAGCAGAUAAAUGAAGUUUUAUAUGCCGCCGUCUGCGUACACAUUCCAUCGACCAGAUUAAAAAUAUACUGCAGAUCAGGGAAAUUGCAACCGCUAUUUCGCGUUAAGUUUUUCACGAAUUCAACACUACAAUAACGAAAUAUAUAGCAAUAAUUACCGUCGUUAACGAUCCGUUGCGUUUUAUUUGCUCUUCAGUAUAUGAACAAAGCGUAAAUCAAAUGCAAUAAUUGUACCUAUGUUUGAGAUGUUUGUGUGCGCAGGGAUGAAUUUUUUAAAGAUAUUUCUAUACCUAAAAUCCAUGUAUUUGUGGGUAAUAUAUGUGAUGAAUGAAAUUCAA